AUGUUUAGCCAGCAAAUUGCCCGUGGCGGGCGCCGCAUCGGCAUGAUGGCUCGAGGUGGCCAACAGCCGUCACUUGUUGCGCUUAGAGGAGCCGCUCAACGACGGUGCUAUGCUGAGGCUGCACAGGCAGCCCCCAAGGGACGUGUCGGUCGAGGCCUCGGAUUGCUCCUAUAUGGCAUUGCUUUUAGCGGCCUUGGAGCGGCAGCAACAUUCUAUUCCAUGGUACAAAAGGGCUUUGCCUCGUUCACCGACGCCGAGUCCGCCCUGCUGUUCGUCCCCGACAGCGACGAGCUGCAGCAGAUCGAAGAAACAAUCAACAAGCACCCGAUCGUCCAAGAGUUACGAUCACGGCCAGAGUUCAAGGAGUCGCGGCCGCACCUAAAAAUGUCGAGCGAGGUCCGCAGCCGCACGCUCACCGGCGGCGCUCUAUCAGGCGACGGCAUGAUCAUGGUGCCGCCCGUCGCCUUCAUCGAGGACGGCGGCAAGUCCAUCGUCAGCGUCACGUACAUUGGCGACCGGCUGUGCGGCCACCCGGGCCUCGUGCACGGCGGCCUGCUGGCGACGAUGCUGGACGAGGGGCUGGCGAGGGGCUGCUUCGACGCGCUGCCGCACAAGAUUGCCGUGACGGCGAGCCUGGAGAUCAACUACCGCAAGCCGACGCAGGCCAACAGCUUCCUGGUGCUGCGCGGCAAGACGGUCAAGGUCGAGGGGCGCAAGGCGUGGGCCGAGGGGAGCAUUGAGACGUUGCCUGGGCCGGGCGAGAAGCCGGUGACUUUGGUCGAGGCCAAGGGAUUGUUCAUCUCUCCCAAGUAUGCGGCGCUGAUGCCCCGGAUUACCUAA